AGCUCAGUCAUUAUAACGCAGCACUAUGACGCACAUUGGCACCUUGCUUUAGCUACAAAAAAACUGGGAAUUCACAGGCAGGGAAAAGAAAAGAAACCUCCCAGAUGAUGGCAGAACACGGAGCGCCAUGUGAUGGGUGGGAGGCCACCUAUUGCAUGAAUGGGGGGACAUGCUACAAAAUUACCUCAAUGGACACGCUCUCCUGUGUGUGCAACGACAACUAUAAAGGGAGCAGAUGUGAGCAGUUCCAGUUCCUCAUCGGAUCCUCCAAAGCAGAGCAGGCGGGUUUAAUCGGAGCGCUAGUAAUUGUUGCCCUCCUCAUUUUAGUGGUCUUGGCUGUUAUCGUCUACUUUACACAUAAGAUGCUGAAGGCCAGGAAACAGCGCCAACAGAGUCAGCCAGAAUACUGGAAAGUAAAACCAAGAGUAUGAUGA